GAUACCUUGCGUGUAUGGUUGCAUUCGUAAAGAACCAGUGCUAGUGAAUCAUUAGCAUCGAUCGCUCCAUCAAGAUCGUGUGCCUUAGACACCGCCUAUCCCACUUGGAUCAUCGUAGCAGUAUUGCGAGCUGCAAUAUGCGACGACGUUCUAGGCAGUAUCGCGGCAUCACAUCUCCGACGGAAAUGCUGAGGAGCCAUUCUUGGAUCCGCGAUAUUAAUGUCUGCUUGGCUGCGCUUCGUCUGAUGCUAUAUAAUAGUACACUUCAAGUACCCUCCUCCUCGAAGCUCCCUUUGUUAGAACGAUGUUCGACGAUGGACUUGGACUCUACUUGGCCACAUCAGCCUUCGCACUGGCUGUUUUAAUCCAUGUUCGAAGAUAUUGGGACAGUCAUUCAGGCUCCCCGCUGCCGCCUGGUCCUACCCCCCUCCCAGUUUUGGGGAAUUUUCUCAGUAUUGAUGCCGCUCAGCCUUGGGUGACCUUUAAUUCCUGGAAAUCUACAUAUGGCGAGAUCAUCUAUGCCCGUCUACUCAGCAAGCCUGUCGUUGUUAUGAACUCUGUAGAGGUCACGAAAGACCUUUUUGAAGGGCGUUCCCACAUAUAUUCGGAUAAACCCCAGUCGAUUCUUCACGAACCCUUCGCUGUGGACUUCAACGUAGUAUUCAUGCCAUACGGAGACAGGUGGCGCCUCCACCGGCGGAUUCUGCACCAAACACUUCGUCAAGCUGAGAUACACAGUUACCACGCCGCGCAACGCCGUUCCGCCCACAAAAUGUUGUUCAGUCUUCUACAGGACCCUGAAAAUUAUUUGAGCCAUUUUCAGAUGUUUAUAAUGUCAUUCAUGCUCCCAAUUGUAUAUGAUUACGAACCGAAAGCCCAAGAAGACCCCAUUGUAGACGCCAUGACAAGGUAUGGGGAUUUAAUGGUCGACAAUACGGCGCCAGGUCCUUGGGUAGUAAUGGAAACCUUCCCUUUCCUUUUGCAGCUACCUAGUUGGUUCCCUGGUGCUACAUUCAAGCGAGCAUCAGUGAAGUGCAUCCAGGCAGGCCAUGAUAUACAGGAGUUACCCUUUCAAUAUGUCAAAGAGAGCAUGUCUACGCGCGGCACGGCGCCGUGCUUAGUGGCCGAUGCUUUGAACAGGAUGAGGCUUUCUGAAGAGGACGAUGGAAUGACAACUGCCAUAAAAGAGGCUGCUUCCAUCGCAUUUGCAGCGGCCUCUGAAACGAGCACUUCCACUCUAUGUGUAUUCCUUCUUGCUAUGGUACUCAACCCAGAGGCACAAGCUAAAGCGCAGGCGGAGAUCAAUCAAGUUGUUGGCAAAGAUAGACUCCCAGAUUUUGAUGAUAGACCAGCGAUGCCUUACUUGGAAGCUAUUUUGCGUGAAACGCUCAGGUGGCACCCUGUGACGCCAUUAUCCACCCCACACACAACAACAACCAGCGACAUCUACAAAGGCUAUUUCAUCCCUAAAGGUGUUCUCGUAUAUGCAAACAUAUGGGCAAUGACGCACGAUGAGAAGAAAUACCCCAGUCCUGAUGAAUUCAAGCCGGAAAGAUUUCUCCAUGAGGACGGGUCCCUCACCAGCGACACAAUGCUUUUAGGCUUUGGCUUGGGUCGCCGGAGCUGCGUGGGACGGCAUCUCGCGGACGCGUCACUCUGGAUCGCGAUCGCGAGCUUCCUGGCCGGUUUCUCGGCCCACAAGGCUCUCGACAAAUACGGCAUGGACAUUCCAAUUGUUCCGAAGUUCUCCAGCGGCACGAUCAUACAUCCGGAGAAAUUUCCCUGUAGAAUUGUCCCUCGAUUCCCCGGUGCAUCUGUGAGGGCGCUGACGCACUUGACUGGGUUAGAGCAAUCGUAAUCAUGAUGUGAUAUGCAGAAUGUAGCCCACGGACAUACAUGUAUUAUUUUCUUUGCUUUGUCUAUCCAAACACGGUUGUCGCACCGACGGCAC